AAAACUCCGCGACUGCACGAGGUUUGUUGAAGCCUCAACCAAAACGCAUUUCCAUCGCGCUCAGGCGCUUCCCCUCGUUCUUUUCCCGUUUUGCCGGCUUUUUCUUACGCACUUCUGUGUUGGUGUGACACAGACGUGUCUGGUAGCGCAAUCUCUACCGCAUAGACGCUUGUUGUCAAACUCUAGCAAAACUCCGUCAGAAAUCAGCUCGCGUCGUACUUCUUCACGUCUCUUUUCUCGCUAUGUCGUCAUUUAUAUCCAAUGCCGCCGACGCUCCUCCCGGUUUCGGUGUAUUCCAAGCCGUUGAAGAUGACUUGUCCAUCCAGCGAGGAAUACGGGAACAACUGCAAGCAUUGAUCGAUGACAAGAAACGGCAGCUCACCCUCGUGGGGACUUUGGGGCAACGGUUUCUUAGUCAGGAAGUUGAACUUGAGGAGCGUAUACAGCAAAUGGAUGAAGCAGAAAUUGAAGCCUCACAGUCUGGCGAUUUGGAGGCUUCUGCACAUAUUAGGGACAAACUGGAAGACUUGGCCAGAACAAUGCAAACGUGGGAGACGGAGAACCAAGAGAUGUGGGCUAAAGCCCUUGCUCUUGGCACAUCAUUGGCUAAUGGCGAAAAGCCGAACGUCGAUCCAUUCACUGCACCAUCCUCCUCUUUCAGUUCCUCAUUAAGUGGGGAUAUGUCAUUUCACCCUGAAGUAGCCCCUUCGGCUGCGCAAUCCUCCCGGCGUGCCAAGAAUGCGGGGCUGCCGAGGGCAAAUCACGUUGGUGAGUUAGAUUGGUAUGAAGAUAUUGGAAAUUCGUUGACACGCGAAAUCCGCCGCAUGCACGCGCUGUUGAGCGAGCGUGAUAAAGCCUUACAGGAUCUGAAAGAGGAGAGAGAUGAUUUGGAGCGCAGCUUAGAGACCCUUCGGGCAUCGUUCAGAGAACAACAGACGAAUGCUGAAAAAUAUAGGGAGGAGAAUUGGAAUUUGGAGUAUGCACUUCAAGAAUUGCGGGAAAAACUGAACGAGGCGAACGCAUCUACUCAAAGAGCAGAGGCUGAAAACAAGCGCACACUCAAACAGCUUACCUCUGCUCGGGAAACUAUCGAUGCACAAAAGAACGAAACAGAACGGCUGCAAGGCUCCUUGGAUGAUAUUCAAUCGAAGCAUGAGACCGAUGUUGCUCAAAUGAGAAAAACUACCGCUAGUCUUCAAAGGGAGAAAAGUGACUUGCAAACAACCCUGGAUACUUUGAAAUCUGAUUUGGCCAAGAAGUCUAGAUCUUUGCCAAAUCGUUUUGGGUCUCCAGUGACACCUACGGAUGCCGCUGGGACUCCGGGAGAUGAUGACGAUGUAUUUACAGGUGGUCACUCCACGCGUCGGAGGUACGAUACCAGCAGCUUACGUUCCCCAAUUGAUGGCACGGAAGACGAGUCUUGGGCCGACGUCUCGCCGACAAAGCCUUCCAUAAUAACCCCUUCUCAUCCAUCCACGGAAAUAGAGGCUUUGAAGCAGUCCCUCGCCCACGCCCAUCGACAAAUAUCAACACUCAAGAAUUCAGUUCAACGUGAGAAAGAGCAGAAGCAGGAGUAUCGUCGGAGACUCGCCCUGAAGGGAGAGGCUCCCGAUGAAUGGGAGGACGACGAGGACACGAUGGCAAGCCCGAUGUCCAACCGGGCGACCAUUGAAUCGCCAUCUCGUGGGCUGCCGGGACGGAGGCGGGGCGGGAGGCUCACGCUCGCUCAGAAGCUCGGUAUUGUUGCGGCGGAGAGAGCGCUUGGAAGUCGUUAUCAAACCAAUGAUGCAGAACCAUCAGCCGUGGGUCUUGGGGGCAAUAAUAUCGAUGAUGAUGACGAGCCUUCUCCAUUUGUUGACCAGAAGACCAGUCGUCCCACCAGUAUAGAUGGCAUGGACCCCGCUUUUGCGAAUGUGUUACAAAGUCUUCCCUCGAGGGAGUCUGUGACGGCAAUUGACACUGACGAAACUCGCUUUGCAACUUUCCCUCGCCGUGCAAGGGGUGGUGGCGCUUUCAAGUCGGAGCCUCGUCCACCGUCAAUGGGUGAUAUCGCUCCAACAGCAUUGAGCGCAGAACUAGGCACCCAUGGUGCCCUAGGUGAAGGUUCUAUGACGACUGCCAACGAGAGCAUCUACGGUAUUUACUCACCUGAGUCUCGUGAGAUCGGCGUCCAAGUUGAACCACUUCCAAAUGUCAUCACGACCGAUGCCGGCGUGCAGACAGACGAGCAGGAAAUGGUCCCUCCGCACAGCAUGGCCGAAGUUGGUGUUCAGCAUGAGAGCUUCCCAGCCCUACGUGCCUCUGCCGCGGUACAGACUCAACCUGUUAUGGUGCAUGUGUCGACAUCCACCGACCCUGAACCUCCUCGUCUCAGCUUGGGUGUUUCAACUGACAGUCAGGCUGUAUGCGACUCGUCGGCACAGACAAUCUCCCCGUCUCUUGGUCACACUUCAACGCAGACUAUUCCACCACCAACAGUGGAUGCUGCAAUCCAAACUAUGGGACCCGGAGUCCAACCAAUUCCUGUUCCGAUCAUUGUUGAGCCCUUGCACCACCCUAGCGAAACGUCCCCUCCUGCAACUUUGUCAUCCUCCUCCGAUCAAGUGAUUCCCCGCGCUAUUCCAUGGAGCAGACCCCGGCCAGUAGGGAUGAUUUUCGAAAGUGACUCCGAAGAGACCGAGACAGAAGGGGAAUAUGUCGAUGCCAGGGAAUCGGAGCCCACCCCAUCAAGUUCCGUUCAAGACUUCCACUCAUUCCAAAGUGCGAUAGAUUACGCAGACAGUGAUGCUGAUAGUAUGCGAACAAGCACCGGUCAAACAUCUUUCGCCAACGCUUUGGGCAGACGCAGUGUUCGAAGUCGACACGACUCCCAGGCGACAACGCGUGCAACACUACAGACCCCCAACACAGACACGAAGGAGAUGUCUGUCCAAACAGAUGAAUGGAUCCCAACCCCCAGACCAGCGCUACCAAGCGCUAUCAGUUUCCAUAGAGUUGGUAGCACCCAGCCGACGCAGUUCCAAUACGUGCCAUCAUCCCCAAUGAAAACUACGUCCUCAUCGGUCGCUCUAGCCACCAGUAUAUCGAAAUCACCGGUCAGAGAUUCCAUCGGUACAUUUGGAAGUCCUGAUCGUGACAGGACGCUUUCCAUGACAAGCACAAGCGAGCGAAGCCUGCAGGGUGAGGUGCUAAACAAGGAUGAUGCCAACCCAACCAUGGUUAGUUCGCCCACCAUCGACCGAUCCCGGCCCCCUACCAUGUCCCUCCCCCCUCCCCCAAGCAUGCCGCCGCCCCCAACAAUUCCAACGAAGAAAUCUUCGAUGCCCCCACCCCGUCCCACGUCACCCCCUCCUCCAGAACUCAUUCAACGUGCAACUACGCCAACCUUUGGAAGACAGUCAUCUUUACUGGUCCCACCAAACAGAGCGAAUCGUCCUGGCAGUAGCAUCCCUCCAUCUCAAGCUGGUCUACGUCAACCACCUUCGACUGGCAGCUUUAGAUCUGCGGCGAAUGGAGCAACCAAAUCCGGAUCAGCAUUCAUCACACCUAGAACCGACAGGCGUGACAUGUCUCAAACCUCUCUGCUUUCUGCAUCUAGUGUUCCAUCACGCAGACUUUCAAUUUCCUCGUCUCAUUCGAGUGCCAAAAAGCCAAUCACUAACGCAGCUCCCGGUCCCGAGACACCGAUCCAAUCUGCACCAUCAACCGAUCCAACAGUUAUUCAUGCUAUCACGCAGACCAUGAUCGGGGAGUUCUUGUAUAAGUACACCCGGCGAGUUGUUGGUAAAGGCCACGGCGAGAAACGACAUAAACGGUUCUUUUGGAUACAUCCCUAUACUAGGACUCUGUACUGGAGCUCGGCGGACCCAGGCGCUUCUAGUACGGGUGAAUCGAAUGCUAAAAGUGCCUACAUUGAUGCCGUUAAGUCUGUUAUUGAUCCCAAUCCCAUGCCUCCUGGAUUACAUCAAUACAGCAUUGUCGUAUACACGCCACAACGAGAAAUGAAGUUCACUGCGCCAACGAAGGAGCGGCAUGAUAUUUGGUUUCGAGCAUUGUCAUAUCUCAUCGAUCGUCCAAGUGCCGUCCUGGUCUCAACCCCAGCAGUUGGGUCUAUGACGCCAUCCCCUAUUCCUGCCCGAACGAUGCCAAGUUCACAUAGAGAGGAUGGAACACUAAAGGGAAAGAACGAAGCUAUGAUGGCCAGUCCGUCCAGUGUUCGGAGUGCUAUGUCGAAAGGCUCUAUGGAUUCUUGGAAUCUGACGCCACGUGCUCGCGCGCAAGCACAUCUUGCCCCUCAAUCAAUCAGUCGACGCACCGCCACUCCAGCCACCGAGUAUUUGAGGCAGUAUUCGGAGCCCCAAUAUCGUCCUUACCCUGACUUGCACAGCCCAACUCGCUCAACUCGUUCUCUACAGCAGCGCUUUGAAGAUGCGCUAGACAAUCGCGAUGAUGAAGAGUUUGAGACUAUCGAACAUCAAUUCCCUAAUACUGGUGAUUUCGAAAUAAAUGAUGAGCCUGGGGAAGGUUUCGAGGGUUUGGAAAAUGUUCGAGCGUGCUGCGAUGGGGAGCAUGAUCUGAAUGAUUUGUCGAAGGGGCCGAAUCCCCAUCACCAUCACCAUCACCAGGCUGCCGUGCGUCCCUCAUCUAGACUAUCCUCUCGGCCAGACAUUCCUCCAACAUCUCGACCAGUUUCACCGAGCGCUUGGAGUUUUAGGUCCCGUAGCGGCAGCCAGCGUUCCGACGGAGCCAGCUUGUUUUCUUGGGGGGGUGGGGGUGACGGAGCAGGCAAACACAGUCUCAGGUUUGGAUCCCGACGGUCUGCAAAGUCUUCCGCUCCUGCGAUGUGACAUCGAGCGCUUGGCUGGUAGCACACUUGAUCCCUCAAACUUCACACUCCUUUUGAUCGAUACCCCUUCCAUUUAUGCCAUUCAAUCCGUGGCAAUCACUGAACUUCGUUUUCGUUACUCCUCGAUUUGAUGCAUUACUCACAUGCUCUUGCCAAAGGAAGAUUAUUAGUUGCUACGCCCUAGUGUUUCGCUCUGUAUUACUUUCUACUUCUAGAUUUUGAUUUUCAAAUAAUACUACAGUUAGCUACGCGA